AUGAUUCUGGGCCUGUACUGCAUCUCUCUGGGCUUGCACAUCUGUGCCAACGCUUCAGGCCGUUCCACCCACCAGGCUCCCUUCAAAAAUGAACUUAGCCUUAUAUCCCUUGACGUGCCUCCAGAUCCCUCUGGCUCAGGUGAACCAUUUCUGCCGACCGACGUCGAUGCUUCAAACCCAGAGCGGCUAUUCGAGACCUUGCGCGACAAGUUGAAGCCCAAGUUUCCACCCCUGGAUGUGCUUCCAUGUGCCAACGUGCAGGUGGUGCAGUUUAAGGCCUGCCCAAAACAAGGGACCAAGACAUGCAGUGCAUGCAAAUUAGUGUCUUACUGUUCUAAAGUAUGUUACUCUAUCGCGUGCGCUGCCAAAAAUCAUUGGCGCAUCCACAAGCGUGACUGCAAGAAUCAACUGAAGUCCGAUGAUUGGAAGCCGGCUUGGGUCGUUGAGAGACGCUUUCCUACAUCCUUCUUUAUCGAAACGAACCUUCCUGCAUCCUUGUCUGCAGAAAGUUUGCGAGCCCAAAUGACCGAAUUUGACUCUGGGCUUUGCCUAUGGGGGAACAUGCCAGCAGUGGACUUGAUCAACCUAGCAGAAAACGAAAAAGACAAGAGUCUGGAUCUUUCGAUUGCGCUCGUUGCCUCUGGUGAUCUGAGACACGUUGUGCGGACGAUCAGUGCUCUCCCCGAGGAUUAUUCAGGUCACUUGCAAGUGUUACUUAACGACGUCUGUCCACCUGUUGUCGCUCGCAACAUCGUAAUCCUGCUUAUAUUGGGAACAGUCCCUGAUGAAACCAUGGCUGUCGACAUCGCUCUUCACUUCUGGUACUCAGUUUUCAUGCCUGCGGAGUAUAGCACCAAUAUUAUGGCAAUCGUUGCCUCAUUCCUGCUUAGGGCGAACACGAACCCGGAGGAUCAACAACCCUUGGGUCAGCGUUCAUCCCUGGAUUGCUUGAUCACGGAACAGCUUGGGCAACUUUUUCGCCAUUUCGGGAUGUCAACAAUUCUUUCUAUGGCAGAAGCACAAAACGAAUACGAUCGUGUGAGGACUGCAUCAUCUAGGGGCGAUUAUCGAGAUCGGAUGUUAGCAAGGCUCAAGCCAUCUCACCGUCUCGCAUUCCAAGAGUUUCGCCGAUUCGGUAUUGUUCUUCCUUUCGGGGCUAUGAACGCCCAUUUCAACGUCCCAAACGCAUCGCUCUUCUCUCUCAAUGGAAAAUGGUUGCAGACGGACUACGCGGACCCCCUCGCAGGAUGGGACAUUGGCGAGAUUCUAGAUGCAGGGACAGCCCAAGGUGCUCAACCCGAGGACAUCUAUGGGUGCCUAUAUUUCUUCCUCUCUCACGAACUGCGGACGUUUGCUCGACGUCUCCGCGAACUCCACAUCUCAUUCCGCGUGGUAGCUACAGACGCGACUAUUCUCUCUCGUGUGAUUCGCGAGGACGGCCUCUCCGGUUUCGGGAUCCCAGCAUCAGCACGUUUCGAUCGUAUUGACGUGUCUAACAUCUUUGAUCUCAAUUACGUCGGAAUCCGAGAUGUUCUAACACAUUGGGGUCCGCUGCUGAAAGAAAGUCGAACCGCAGCCUUGGUUGGGUAUUUCAUGAAUUGGGCAAUGAUUCAACCGGAUGGCAGGGCAUGUUCUGCCGGAGAUAUCGAGUCGAAAAAGCUCAUUCGCGCCCUCAUAGAGAAAGGGAGGUUUCCAGGUCUUGGUCCCAAUUCUCAGAUAUUAGAUCCACGUACGUCGUUUGCCGAACCAGCAAGGUUGUAUCUUAUGGGCGUCUUAGGGGACCUGCACAUAGGACUUGUCCAAGUAGGGGACGAAUUGAACGCUAUGUAUGAUAAUUCGAAGGCCUUCGCUCAGUAUUUGAAGCAUCAAAAGCUAGAGGACAUCUUGCGCAAGACAAGGCUCAAGCUCAGGAAGAAACAUACUAUUGUCCCUCACGGCAGAUUCGCUGUGACGAUUCUGGUCUCACAGCGAUACAAAGUGCCGUUGGACGCAGCACCGAACACACUGCCUGAUUUUUCGGACAACGAGACCUGGUACCAAUAUGUGCGUCUAGUCUUGUCGUAUUCUCAUUGGUUUGAGCUCACGCAGACGGGAUGGUAUUUCUCUUGA